AUGCACCAUUCAAGCAACAUACUGUUGAUACUGACAGGUCUUGGAGUAGCAAACAUGGUGACAGGACAUCCUGUGGACAGGAAAACCUUGUUCAACCUGGGAUCUACAUCUAAAUCUCUGGUUCCUCACAUCUUAGCAGACAUCCUCAAUGACAAGGAAAACCACGACGGAAGAAUCGCCUGGAACAGCACACUGCGCGAGAUUCUCAGACAUAGCCAUGACUUUGAGGUGCCCCUGCCCUGGGCUGACACGACCUUGAAGGAUAUGUUGGUCUACAAGUCAGGCAGCAGUGCAGCAGAUCUGGCAACCAUGGUCGGGCUGCCCAAGGAGGUGACGAUGGAGGAAAUCGUUCGGCGUCUAAGAUUUCUCCCCGACCACGCAGAUUUUCUCCACUCUAAUCACUAUAGCAACAUCAUGUACACGGUUGCCGGCCAUCUUGCCGAGAGGCUGACGGGAAUGUCCUGGUUAGAGUUAGUCAAGAGAAGAGUCUUGGAGAAGCACCACAUGAAUACCUCAUCGUUUGCACCAGAAGGGAUGACCCAAGAGGACUCUGCCUAUCCGUACAGGUUCCACUCAUCAAAGGAUCCUUUUGUAGAGCAGAACGUAUCACUUUUUAACUUACAACCAUUCCUUCCCGUGGGAUCUCUCAUGGCGUCAGCAGACGACAUCACGAAAUGGCUGCGGCAUCUCCUUCACAACCUGCACGCCACGGGAAAUGACUCGGGAAUUAACAUGCUCAUCAGCGACGCCUUCCACCAGUGGGUGACUGUCCCUGGCAACCAUCGCGAAGGGACGCUGGCCCACGAGUCUGAGGUUGCCUUGGGAUACGGCAUGGGCUGGUACUCUUCCACGUACAGAGGUCAAAGACGGUUCAAGUUUAGUGGUUCGCUGUACGCCUACAACUCUCAGAUCUGGCUGUUUCCAGACUCCAUGUCUGCCAUAUUUGUCGCCAUCAACGGACCCGGAAAUGAGCGCGCCCUCAGAGCCCUAGACGGCAUCAUGUUCUACAUUUCUGACAUCACCCUGGGGAAAUCUACCUGGGUCGACACGAAUCUCACCUGCUGCUGCCAUGCGGCAGAUUAUGAUUAUGACGACCAUAAAGAAGAAAUCGCACCUGAGGAACUCAAAAUGGUGAAAUACCUAGCACCUGUUGAAAAAUAUAUCGGAAGUUACGGUCACGGAUUGGUCGGGGAUCUGAAAAUUGAGCCAAACGAAGCUGGGGUUUUGAUUUUGAAGCUGGGUCGAAAUCUUAAAGGGGAAUUAACUCCUGGUGUUACAGAAUCCAAACUGAAGUUCACUGUUUCAAGUCCAUUGUUAGGACACUGA